AGAUCUCGUCGUCGACAGCAAUCUGAAAACCCUGCUUGGUUUCCUUGGCCCGAUAAAGAGACAUGCAUUCUUGAUAUACUUCGGCAUCUCCCUCGCUCUCUUUUCUCAGAUGCACAGAUGGAUGUAAUUCUCUGGGGCAUUGCAUCAUUCGGAGUUAGCAGUGCUCCUUCCACUGAUGCUGCUAAAAGUAUCAGCGAAUAUUUACAAACGCUAUGUGGAAUUCAGACUGAACGACAGAAAGGUCCACUUGGGCAUGUUUACUAUAUUAACCAGCUUGCUGGCCUUAUUCGGCAGGAGAUGGGAAACCCGAAGAUUCGACCCCACAUUCGACACUACCCAGAAGAAAGCGGGCAACAUGUUGAACAUGCAUGGCAAGCAGAAGCUUGGAAGACCCUUGACUCUGAUCUUGCUUCGCCCAUGGUCCGCGUCGGUGACCAGGAUUUCUACGUGCAUGAACUCACCAAAUUAAAUGACGGCACAUUGGUUAUGCCAUUUCGUUGGUUUACCCGCAGUCGAGGGCUUCCUGGAGGGCCAGAGCAAGAGUUUUUUGGUUUAGCUUGGAGUGUUGAGGUUUACCCAACUUCAGAUGGAGGAGGUUAUGUAGUGCAUCGACAUCAAACCAUUCAGUUUCCUGCUUCCCAACUUUUGAGCUCCUUCCCAUAUUUGGUUGAAACUCAUGAUCUAGAUGGAAUCCCUAAUCCUUGCAACAUAUUAGGUACAUUCAUAACCUCCAACUUUUCUGACAUUUACCUGACAAAAAUGUACCUUUAUGUCUACAUGUCGAGUCAUGAUCACGAAAUUCAGCCAUGGUCAUUCACUUCAGCAGAACACAACUUUGCAAACCGUUGGAGAGUCCUGGCUAAAGGCCAUGAAGUUCUGAACUUCUCCAUGUGGCUUUAUUGCGACGACACAUCAGGCAACGUCUCUAAGAAAUGGAAUAAACACAAUUCUUUCCUUUUCACUGCAGCCGGCCUGCCUCAAGAAUAUGGCCAUCAAGAGAGUAAUGUUCAUUUUCUUUGCACCUCCAACCUUGCACCCCCAUUGGAGAUGUUAGAUGGAAUUACUACACAGUUGGAGCAGGGCCAGUCUGAGGGAAUAUGGGUAUGGGAUAUUCAACGCAAAGCAAUGGUGUUAAUAAUACCUGCGGUGUUAGCAAUGCUGGGUGAUAAUCCUAUGCAAAGCGAGUUUGCAUGUCAUGUAGGCCUUGCUGGAAAGUAUUUUUGUCGUUGUUGCUUCGUGAAGGGACGGGAUGCUGAGGAUGAAGUACUAGUCCCUGCCCAAGGAUCCCUGCGUGAUGAUGUAUCUAUUCAAUCAGAUGCCUCAGAUGUGGGAGAAGAAGGGGGAAAGAAACAUGGACGGCGGAAAGAAACUAUUCAGGAGCUUGUUACUCGAGCGAAGCGAUUUGUUGGGAUUAGUGAAACUCGGCAGCCCAAGAAAACCAUCGAAACCCUUCGCAAUAUAUUCAUAACAUCGCAGAAAUACAAUGGAAAAACUCAGGCGAAAAAAAUUGUUACUCAGACGGGGGUAAAAGACACGUUUCUAGAAAGCUUCAAUCAACGCAUUGUUGCAUUUACUUCCAAACUACCAACCAACUCUUCCGCAGAUCAGAAGCAGAAACUUGUGGACAAUUUUGUAGCUGAGAAUAUACCAUCUGAGCCGAACAUCUUUAGCCCAAUAUGGAGGAUUAAAGGGCUGGACCCACAUCGAGAUACACCAGUGGAGAUAUUGCAUGUCAUACUCCUUGGGUUCGUGAAAUAUUAUUGGCGAGAUGCCAUUUCACGACUUAGCGACCCUCAGAAGGAGGUUUUAAUUCAUCGACUAUCUUCGAUGGAUGUCUCGUCCACAGGUCUUUCACCCUUAGCAGGAGAAACGCUGGUCAAAUAUGCGAAAUCUCUCACUGGCCGUGAUUUCCGUGCUAUUGCCCAAGUAGCUCCAUUUGUUCUUUAUGACCUAGUUCCUAAAGAGUGCUUCGAGGCAUGGCUUGCUCUCAGCGCGCUCAUCCCCCUUGUUUGGCAGCCAGUGAUUCAUCACUUAGACUCAUAUCUAGCCACCCUUGAGCUUGCAAUUGACCGAUUUCUUCAUUGCACAGCCAACUGGACGCCUCGGUGGUUUAACAAACCAAAAUUUCACAUCAUCAAACACCUGCCCAUGCAUAUCCGCCGUUUUGGCCCAGCAAUUCUCUAUGCAACGGAGGGUUUCGAGUCCUUCAAUGCUGUUAUCCGUGACCACAGCGUACAUAGCAACCACCAAGCCCCUUCCCGAGAUAUAGGACGUGGCUUUGCACAUUGUAGCCGUAUUCGACAUCUUCUUCAUGGAGGGUUGUUCUUUAGCCCUUCCUCCGAGGGUGCUACUACACCACUCACUCAGUCUGCUUUCAGCGACAAUGCCGACCAUUGGGUUUCCGCAGGUCCUUUGCCCCUAAAGCUUGCAAGAACUGGUUUGGGAAAUUUACAAAGUCCUGUUGCACGAGCUUAUGGACUGGAGCAUCCAGAAGGGGAAAAAAUGCAGCCUGGUAUGUCUGAUUCAGUCCAUCGAAGUUGUCUAUCUGAUAUGCAUGGACUCUCAGGACGUUGCAUCUAUAGUAAAGCAGCAAAAUUUAACCAGCCUGCUUCCGAGGUCCUCACAUUGACAAAACUUCCCAACGCUGUCAGCAGUGCUGAUACCCAACAAUUCCACCUAUAUGAGCAAGCAGUCUCUGCUUCACUUGAACGCUACCAAGUUGGACACCAUGUAGUUGUUGGAGCUUCCGAAGUCUCUCCUGAACAACUUUGCAUUGGAAAGGUGUACGAAAUUCUACAGAUGUCAUCUGGGACUGCAGCUGCGGUUUUACUGCAGCUUUGUGAGCUAGGACCUGUGGAUGAAGCCUAUAAGCUUCAACGCAUCAAACCAGGGGAAUGGACUUUGGUUCAAGCAGAGGUUUGA